AUGACGGGGAUCUUCCUGGGACGCUCCUCCCGAUUGCUGAGGUGGCCGAUCACGAUGUUCCGAAUGGGACGGGGUCGUUAUUCCCUCUGGGCAAGAACUCCUUGCCUGCGCAUUCAGUGGGGAUCUUUGACUUCACACCUGCACAAAGAGCACUGUGACCCUAAAUUUACCCAUCGGUUGGGCCCCGCCUGCCACGCAUCUCAGCGGCAGGGGAAGCUAUAUUUUCCGAGCUGCGCAUCUCUCGUUGCUGUUCCGGAAUCCGAUCUCGACUCCCACGUUUUCUCAUCGAAGACGCGAACUCUGGCGACCGGAACCCUAGCCCACGACAAUGCACGGCGGGCAGAUAGGCCGUGCGGCUCGCGACGAUGUUUCCCCUCUAAGAUUGCAAAGUCUAGACCUCCAAUGCCUGUUUUGGCUGUUGUCUUCCUACGGAAGGAACCAGAUUCAAUGGAGUCAAGUUCUUUUAGCAUUACACAGUCCAUGUGAGGAUCUGAUAGCAACCUCACAAACACAGAUGGGAAGCAUAAUGUGGAUACAUAUGAAGCUUCCAUUCCAUCGAAUUACUAG